UGUGUAUGUGGAAUGCGGGUCAAGCGGAACUCACAGCCAAAACUGCGCUUCACUUCAGACCCAAAACACCGGCUUUCAUCGGCCUGACGUGCUCUCUGUAUACUGUAACCUAACCUCCUGUCUCGUUUGUGUGAAGUGUCCCUACGUCGGAGCCCUGCAGACAGACAACGACGACGAUGAUGAAGAGAAGCAGGCACCUCAGCAGCAGUGAUGACUCCGACAAUGGAAGUAAUUCUACCUGCUGGUCCCAACAUUCAUCACAGCCGAGGAGAGGGACUGGGCAGAAACCCUCAGAGGUUUUCAGGACCGACCUGAUCACCGCCAUGAAGGUGCAUGAUUCGUACCAGCUGAACCCCGAGGACUACUACGUCCUCGCCGACCCGUGGAGGCAAGAGUGGGAGAAGGGCGUCCAGGUUCCCGUCAGCCCCCAGUCCAUCCCACAGCCCGUCGCCAGGGUUUUGGCUGAGAAAGGGAAGGAGGUCAUGUUCGUCAGGCCAAAGAAGUUGAUCCGGACAUCAGGUGCCGAGGCGCUGGGCUACGUGGACAUCCGGACGCUGGCGGAGGGAAUGUGUCGCUACGACCUGAAUGAGGAGGACGUGGCCUGGCUGCAGAUCGCCAACGAGGAGUUUGCAGAGAUGGCCAUGCCGCUGCUGGACGAGAUCACCAUGGAGCGGGUGAUCGAAGAGUUUGAGCGAUGCUGCCACGAAAACAUGACGCACGCCAUGGAGACGGAGGAGGGGCUCGGCAUCGAGUAUGACGAGGACGUGGUGUGUGACGUCUGCCAGUCACCUGAUGGGGAGGACAACAAUGAGAUGGUGUUCUGCGACAAGUGUAAUAUCUGCGUUCACCAGGCGUGUUACGGCAUCCAGAAAGUCCCGAAGGGCAGCUGGCUGUGCCGGAUCUGCGCCCUCGGCAUCCUGCCAAAGUGCCAGUUGUGUCCUAAGAAGGGAGGAGCCAUGAAGCCGACCCGAAGUGGAACCAAGUGGGUCCACGUCAGCUGUGCCUUGUGGAUUCCAGAGGUGAGCAUCGGGAAUCCAGAGAAGAUGGAGCCGAUCACCAACGUGUCGCACAUCCCCAGCAACAGAUGGGCUCUGAUCUGCUGCCUGUGCAAAGAGAAGACCGGAGCGUGCAUACAGUGCUCAGCGAAAAACUGCCGGACUGCCUUCCAUGUGACAUGCGGCCUCCACGCCAGCCUUGAAAUGAACACCAUCCUCACCGAGGAGGACGAGGUCAAGUUUAAGUCCUAUUGCCCCAAACACUCUGGGCUCGAGGGCGAGGAGUCCAGGGAACGAGACUCGGGAGGCGAGGAGGAGAAGGAGAGCGCCAGAGAUAAGAAGGGAAAGAGGAGAGGCAGGGUGAGAGGGGAGGAAGACGCCGUCUCCUCCUCGUCUUCUUACGUGGCUCCUCAGCUCUUAGACAGAGCGCCCAGCGAUCUGGAGGCGCUCACUAGCCGCCAAGAGGAGAAGAGGGUCAGCCUCCGCAAGCUUAAGCUGCAGGAGAUGGAGGAGGAGUUUUACCAGUUUGUGGACGUGGAGGAGGUGGCGAGUCACUUGAAGCUGCCGCCGGAGGUGGUGGACUUCCUGUAUCAGUACUGGAAACUUAAACGCAAAGCCAACUUCAACCAGCCGCUCCUCACGCCAAAGAAGGACGAGGAGGACAGCCUGGCACGCCGCGAGCACGAGGUGCUGCUGCGACGCCUACAGCUCUUCACACACCUCCGUCAGGACCUGGAGAGGGUCCGUAAUCUGACCUACAUGGUGACUCGGAGGGAGAAGAUGAAGCGCUCGCUGUGGAGAAUCCAGGAGCAGAUCUUCCAGCACCAAGUUCAACUUCUCGACCACGAGCUGCUCUCAGGUGAUCCCUCAGCAAAGGAUUUGGAGAAGCUCUUCUCUCUGGGCUGGUUAUCCUCUCAGGGCUCCCAGUCUCGCUCCUCCUGGAGCCACUCGGGACUGAAAACCAAACGAGGGUCUUCAAAGCAGGAAAAAAGAAAAAGCGGAGACAGAAAAAGCUUCUCGGACUACCAGCACACUCACAAGAAAGACAAUCUGAGUAUACCACUGGAGACGAAGGAUAGUAAAUUCCCCAGAAUCAAAGAGUCGGAGACUGCUGAGGACACAAGCAACGCCAAAAUCCAGAACUCUGCGCUCAGCCCGGAGGCUCAGUUCCCAAAACUUCAGAAGCCAGAAGUCGUUCAGGAAAUGAUCGCUGUCAAACUGCACAAACUCGAGAACAGGAAGGGCCCUAGGAGGGAGGCCCCUGCGUCCGAACACGAGACACUGGUCAGACGGAAACGAGACAGCGACCACGAACAAGAGGAGAGGAGGAGGAAGAGGAGGAGCGAUGUGACGGAGAGCUUUCCCAGCCACGGGAAGAACAGGUUCGGUUCAAAACACCUGGAGAAAACCGUGUCCAUCAGGCUGGUCGACAUCAGGAGCUCUGACACUGACGACUACUUUGCCGACGAAGGAAUGACCAAAAGAAGCCCCGACACCGUUGAUGUGACGACCAACACUAAAGUCAACAGAGCCAGCGAGGUGUCAGACGCCGCCGCCGGCACCAAAGCUAACGGCUGGCUGAAGAAAGCUCAGGCGAACGGCUCACACACAACCAGCAGACAUGUGGGAGGACACCUGAGGAGCUGGGGCAAGUUCAGGAUCCCCAAGAGGAGCGAGAGACCUCCGGUGGCGACGACGAAGGAACAACAGGAGGCGGAGCACCGCAAGGCGCUGCUGAGGCCGCUGACCAACACGCCUGAGCCGUCGUACCCCAGGACCAGACACCGCACGGGGACGGAGAAUGACGGAUACGCCUCCGACUCCAAACCGGGCGAUGACGAGAUGGAUCCCUGCUUGAAACGAUGCCACUCCCACCAGCUGAGGGGCGACUCGUCUCUCAGUCGCCGUUACGGGUCUGACAUCAUCCGCCGAGGCGUGCUGGCGUCCUGAUGGCGGAGCAACACUUGGAAAAUAAGCUGCACUGUGUACGUUGGAAGAGAAAGACGGUCGCUCUUUGUACCUUUUAUUUUUCUCGAUGAAUCAUUUAAAUGCCUAGAUUAAAAAAACAGAGCUGAUAUUUAUUUUUUAUUUGUAACAUAUGUAAAUCUGGGAAAUAUUUUACUUUAUUUUGAGCUAGUUUUUCGUUUUUUCUUUCUUAAAAGUAGAAAGAUGUCAAGUUGCCACUUAAACGCUUGCUCAGAUACUUACAAGCAAAAGCAUCAACGAAGGAAAAGUUGUGAUUGUUGCUUGGGACCAUAAGCUUGCAAUGUCAUUUUUUUUGAGAUAGUAUUAAACUCAGUUGCACUUAGUUGAAAACGCUGACAGAUAAUAAUCUUGUCAGAAAAAUAGUACUUAGGUCUUUUUUAUUACGCUUCAUUGGACGUUAACAUCUACAAACAGGAAGUCAAACUGCCCUUUUAUCGCUAUUUAAAAUCCAGCUGUCAUCAUUUCUUCCAAACAUUGCGAACCACACACAAAAGGAAGUAAGAAGACAUGUUAUUUGUCAUCAGCACUUAAGUGUAACCGAACUGCGAUCGUAUCGUAUCCAUCAUGUGCCUAACUUUUAUUUGAAGCAUUUGCACUACGAGAGGACGGCACAGGUGUGAGGUAUGAGUAGAGUUAUUUUUACACUGAAAAAUUAAGAAAGUGUUUUGUACCCUCGGCCGCUGCUGUACUACUGUUAUGCAAAAUGAAACUUGUUUUUGUCUUUGUCUUAAAGAGGAAUAAAAACUCUGAAGGACAAGA